UAUUCGAACACGGCUCAUGUAUUUGUAUGUUUUCACACAUGGACACUGCUCCUUCAGAGGUCAGAGAUCAAGCAGCUGGAAGGAGAGAUCUUCAGAGAACACUGUUUGUACCCUGGACACAGGAAGACCAACGUCAUAGUGACCAACAGGAGAGUGAUGUGUGUGAAGGAGGUGGAGUUUGUGGGACACUUCAACAAGGAGUGGGAGUGUCUGUUUGAGCAUUUCUCAAGGCCUCCGUACGUGGAAGGAGGAGACCUGAUGAUCUACUGCAAGGAACAGAACAAGCUGAAGUUCCAAAAGAGAGAUGGACAGGAACCCAUGAGAGUGCUGCACCUCAAGAACCCUGCCACCGCCCAGAAACUGUGUGAGGCCAUAGAGCAGGCCCAGUCGGCCCAGAGGCAGCAUCGGAUGGUGAAGCAGAAAUCACAGCGCUUUCUCAAACUGGGAGACAAGUGUUGAUGUCAUCGCCGGCCCGGCAUGAUGUCAUGGUUACCCAGAAUGAUGUCAUGGUUACCCAGAAUGAUGUCAUGGUUACCCAGAAUGAUGUCAUGGUUACCCAGAAUGAUGUCAUGGUUACCCAGGCUGACGUGAUCACUACUCAGUAGGUGAUCACCACCCAGAAUGAUGUCAUGGUUACCCAGAAUGAUGUCAUGGUUACCCAGAAUGAUGUCAUGGUUACCCAGGCUGACGUGAUCACUACUCAGUAGGUGAUCACCACCCAGAAUGAUGUCAUGGUUACCCAGAAUGAUGUCAUGGUUACCCAGCCUGACGUGAUCACUACUCAGUAGGUGAUCACCACCCAGAAUGAUGUCAUGGUUACCCAGAAUGAUGUCAUGGUUACCCAGAAUGAUGUCAUGGUUACCCAGCCUGACGUGAUCACUACUCAGUAGGUGAUCACCACCCAGAAUGUCACCACUGCUCAGCCAGUACACUGUUCCUCACACUGCUACUGUACUGCCCAGCCCAACACACUGCUACUGUACUGCCCAGCCCAACACACUGCUACUGUACUGCCCAGCCCAACACACUGCUACUGCCCAGCCCAA